AUGCAAGAACGAGCCAAAACAGAUAUACAGUCUGCCCAGGAGAGGAAUGCAACUGCCGCUCAGGAGGCAGCUAAGACGUUCAAGAAAGCGGCAGAAGAGCUCAAGAAGGCAAACGUUGCUCAGGAGGAGGCUGAACGCAAGUUGAAAGAAAAUAUUCAGCCUUUGGUGACUCCCACACCCGAAGAACUUUGCACCGCCAAGUUACUAGCCCAAUAUCGUGAGGGCCUUCUCCACGUUGCGGUAGCUGGGGUGGCAGGAGGAGGGAAAUCAUCUCUCAUCAAUGCCUUCCGUGGUUUGCACAAUGAGGAUAUUGGAUCUGCUGCCACGGGUCUCACCGUGACAACGAUGGCCAUAACCAGAUAUCCGAACCCCAAUGUGGAAUACCCUCUUAUCUGGUACGACAUCCCAGGCGCAGGCACGCUCGAAAUUCCAAGCUGGCAGUACUUCAACGCCCAAGGACUCUACGUCUUUGACUGCAUCAUUGUCCUGUUCGACAAUCGUUUCACCAUGACAGACAUUGCCAUCCUCACUAACUGCAGGCGUUUCAAGAUCCCCACCUAUGUCGUGCGCUCUAAGGCGGAUCAGCACAUCCGUAACAUCAUGAAUGAUAUGGGGUGCGAUAGUAAUGACGAUGAAAGCGAGGACCAGAAGAAGCUUUACCAGGCUGCACGACAGCAGUUCAUUCAGCAGACGCGCCAGAGCGUGAAAGACACCCUGGAGAAUGCUAACAUGCCUGACCAAAGGGUUUACAUCGUUUCGAAUGAAACGAUGAUCGAUGUUGUGAAGAGAAAGCAGGCAGUGAAGGUCAUUGACGAGAUUGAGCUGUUGAACGAAUUGAUCCAAGAAACUCAGACCAGGCGCCUACGCGCCGCACAAAAAGCUGCUGAAGAAGCCAAGCGAGCUCAAGCUGCGAGAGAGGAAGCUGAGAGACAAUUACGAGAUGGCACCCGACCUGUGGUCACGCCUACCCCUGAAGAAUAUUCUACUUUCAGAGCCAGCAUGCAGCAUACUGCGGGUUUCUUCCAUGUUGCUAUCAGCGGGAUUGCUGGUAGCGGCAAGUCAUCGCUGGUCAACGCGUUACGGGGCAAGCAUAAUAUGGAUCUUGAUGCUGCUGCGGUCGGCGUGAACGAGACCACUCUCGUGGUGGCCAGAUACCCAGACCCAAACCCAUCCAGCCGCUUCGUCUGGUACGAUGUUCCCGGAGCGGGCACCUUAAAGAUCCCCGAUUGGAAGUAUUUCAAUGAUCAAGGGCUCUUCGUCUUCGACUGCAUCAUCGUUGUGGUUAAUAACCGUUUCACCGCCACUGAUGUUGCUAUCCUCUCUAAUGCUAGGCGCUUUGGCAUUCCCGCUUUCAUCAUCCGCUCUAAAGCGGAUCAGCACAUCAGGAACCUCAUGAAAGAUAUAGGUUAUGACAGUGACGAUGAAGACGGAAACAAGGCUAGUUACUUUGCGCGGGCGCGCGACCAAUACGUGGCAGAAACUAUUCGUAGUAUCAAGACUAACCUUCAAGAGGCGAACUUGCCUGAUCAACCGGUUUAUCUCGUGUCGAACGUUGCUCUACAAGCAACUGUCACUGGGAAGUCACCCAAGAAGAUACUGGAUGAGGUUAAACUGCUCACAGAUUUGGCGAGCACGGCUCAGAAACACGUGUAGGUGUUAUGAUGCGGUUUGCAUUUGGUGCUGGACUCCCAAAUGUUUUGCACUUUUCGUCGUACGGAUCCGUAAAUAUACAUACUCUCAGUCUUUGUGUAGUUCAGUUGUAUAAAUAUAAGAUAUCGCGAUCGCACAUAUGCAUCAAAUU